CAAAGCUGUUCAUGAUGCUCAUGGCUUUCGACGAGACUCCGGUGUCCGGGUGAACUUGCUUCAACACCUUAUAGAUGUAGAUAGCAUAGCUUUCCUUACGGCGUUGUUUGCGCUUCUUCUUGUCUCCCUUCACAAUGUUCUUCUGAGCUUUGCCGGAUUUCUUAACGGCCUUUCCACUAGCUUUCGGUGCCAUCUCGAUUGUUGUAUUGUACUUUCAAAUGCUUCAAAUAUAGUGAUGUUGAAACGCAAUCUGCCACGUCUUUUAUACUUGAUUCCAAACUAACACAUGCCCAUCCCUUAUUCAUUUUCAUCCUCCCGAUUUCACCCCAGUAGUAAAUAAUGCACUUCGAAAUUGGUAUAUAAGAAGGGUCUUUCCGGGCUUCAAGCAUCAGAACAAAUUUUCGGUUGGAAGUGACAGAACGGUUAUAGAAAAUCUAACAAAACAUGUCUGGACGCGGUAAAGGAGGUAAGGUUAAGGGAAAGGCAAAGUCCCGCUCAAAUCGUGCCGGUCUUCAGUUCCCUGUGGGCCGAAUUCACCGUCUGCUGAGGAAAGGAAACUAUGCCGAACGCGUCGGAGCAGGAGCCCCUGUCUAUCUGGCAGCUGUGAUGGAAUACCUCGCUGCUGAAGUUCUGGAAUUGGCAGGAAAUGCUGCUCGCGAUAACAAGAAAACAAGAAUCAUCCCGCGCCAUUUGCAACUGGCCAUCCGUAACGACGAGGAGUUGAACAAGCUGUUAUCUGGUGUUACGAUUGCUCAGGGCGGUGUGCUACCGAACAUCCAAGCCGUGCUGCUUCCCAAGAAGACCGAAAAGAAAGCCUAA